AUGAUGGGACUUGAAACAGGAUUUCAACAUUUGGGUAAAUCUGCAGGUGGAGGGAGAAGCUUCUCUUCAGGCCUUUUCUCCAUCCAAAACAAGCCAAGCCAUUCUUUAACCCCAGGUGGUGUGUACUUCCAAGUGGCAGAGCAGGAACCACACUCCUGUUACGACUCGCGAAAUAUUUGGACCACCUAUUUGCUUGAAGUGCCUGGCUAUCUAAGUUUAACCACUCCCCUGAAAUUCAACAGAUUUUCUGAGAAAGGCAGUCAAACAAACACGAGAGGAGCGAUCAUCAGAGCUAGAAGAGAAGAAAAAAAGAGAAAGCAUCUUCUUCCAUGGGCGAUCUCUGAGAUUCCCACGAAUCAAACUGAAAACCCAGCUGAGCUUUGUCCAGAUUUCAAUCGGGUCGAAGGGUUUAUUUUCUCGGGAAAGUUUGAAAUGGUGCUGGUAUUGGCGUUGGGGGAUCUCCAUGUACCCCACAGAGCGGCUGAUCUACCCCCGAAGUUCAAAUCAAUGCUUGUCCCUGGGAAGAUUCAACACAUCAUCUGCACUGGAAAUCUCUGCAUAAAAGAAAUCCACGACUACUUGAAGACUAUCUGCCCUGAUUUGCAUAUAGUUCGAGGGGAGUUUGACGAAGAUGCAAGAUACCCUGAGAACAAAACCUUGACUAUCGGGCAAUUCAAGCUGGGACUGUGCCACGGCCACCAGGUGAUCCCAUGGGGUGAUCUAGACUCACUAGCUAUGCUUCAGAGACAACUCGACGUGGACAUACUUGUAACAGGCCAUACCCACCAGUUCACAGCCUACAAACACGAGGGAGGUGUCGUGAUAAACCCAGGCUCUGCAACCGGAGCUUACAGCAGCAUAAACCAAGAUGUUAACCCGAGCUUUGUUCUUAUGGACAUCGAUGGUCUUCGAGUUGUGGUCUAUGUCUAUGAGCUCAUCGACGGAGAAGUUAAAGUCGACAAGAUCGAUUUCAAGAAGACCUCCACUACCAACUCUGCUCCUUAG